UUUAGGCCCGCCCGGCUCCCGGGAGCGCGCACGUCUCAGAGUCCGCGCCGACUGCGGGCGCUACGGCCACGCACGUCGGUCGCUGCGGUCACGCUGCUGCAUGUCGGAUCCAACCCUGAGGAUCCAGGACCAUGUGGAAGCUGAUUCCUGCCGCGGCCUCGGCCCGAGACCCAUACAGACUUUUGACUGGUGUUGAGUACAUUGUUGGAAGGAAAAAUUGUGACAUUUUAAUUGAAGAUGAUCAAUCAAUCAGUCGAAAUCAUGCUAUAUUAACUGCUAACUUUUCUAUAACCAACCUGAGUCAAACAGAUGAAAUCCCUAUAUUGACAAUAAAAGAUAAUUCUAAGUAUGGUACCUUUGUUAAUGAGGAAAAAAUGCGGACUGACUUUUCCCAAACUUUGAAGACAGGGGAUAGAGUUACCUUUGGAGUGUUUAAAAGUAAAUUCAGAGUAGAGUAUGAACCUUUGGUUGCCUGCUCUUCUUGUUUAGAUGUCUCUGGGAAAACUGCUUUAAGUCAAACUAUAUUGCAACUUGGAGGACUUACUAUGAACAAUUGGACAGAGGAAUGUACACACCUUGUCAUGGUAUCAGUUAAAGUUACCAUUAAAACAAUAUGUGCACUCAUUUGCGGGCGUCCAAUUGUAAAGCCAGAAUAUUUUACUGAAUUUCUUAAAGCAGUUCAGUCUAAGAAACACCCUCCAGAAAUUGAAAGGUUUUACCCACCUGUUGAUGAACCAGCUAUCGUAAGUAAAAAUAUUGAUCUGUCGGGACGGCAGGAAAGAAGGCAAAUCUUCAAAGGGAAAACAUUUGUCUUUCUAAACGCCAAGCAGCAUAAGAAAUUAAGUGCAGCAGUUGUAUUUGGAGGAGGAGAUGCUAGGUUGAUAACAGAAGAAAAUGAAGAAGAAGAUAGUUUCUUUUCAGCUCCUGGAACUUGUGUUGUUGAUAUAGGAAUAACAGAUUCACAGACCUUAAUUCCUGACUCUCAGAAAAAAUGGCUUCAUUCAAUUAUGGAUAUACUCCAAAGGAGGGGUCUUAGACUUAUUCCUGAAGCGGAAAUUGGCUUGGCAGUUAUUUUCAUUACUACAGAGAAUUAUUGUGAUCCUCGCGGCCAGCCAAGUACAGGAUUGAAGUCAACUCCAGGUCCAAGCCUUUCUCAAGGCUUAUCAGCCAAUGAAAACUUAAUACGAGGUGCCCCAGUGAAUACUGCAACAUAUGUAGCUGACACAGAAUCAGAGCAAGCAGAUACGUGUAUGGAUUUGAGUGAAAGGCCAAAAGAAGUCAAAAUCUUCGAAAUGGACCAAAAUCUCAGAAUACCAUCACAAGAAAUAUCCGCUAUGAAGGAAUACCAUAAAAUAAGCUCUCAUCGCAGUAAUAUAGUAUCAGAUACUCUCGUUAAGAUGAAAAUCCCAAACUAUCAGCUUUCACCAACUAAAUUCCCAGGUGUAAAUAAAAAUAGCGAUCAGCCUUCUCAGCACCAGCAAACCAACUCCAUCAAAAACUACUUUCACCCAUCUCCUAAAAAAAGGGAAAGGGAUGAAGAAAAUCAAGAAAUGUCGUUAUCUAAGUCAGCAAGAACAGAAAUGUCUUUAGAACAAACACAACCUACUACACCAUCAAUAUGGAACAAUAAGGAGCAGCAUCUAUCUCAGAAUAAGCCUGUUGAAAAGAAAACAGAUAACUUAUUUGCAGAUAUAGAUUUAAAAUCCACCGUGAAAAAUUCUACCAGAGCCAUGGGUGUGGCUGUUUCUACAGAAAAACUAAGAUCAGAAAAAAGAAAAGAAAUUGAUGAUUUAGCCAUAGAAGAUGAAAUAUUUGAACAGUUAUUCAAGAACACAAAGCCAGAGUUAAAAAUUGAAGUGGAAGUUCAGAAACAAGAGGAAGAUGUCAAUAUUAGAAAAAGGCCAAGAUUGGAUAGAGAAACAAAUGGCACUUUUAAUGAUGAAGCAAUACCAGAAAGGAACAAAAUAUCUAACAACAGUGAACUUGAAGAUGAAGGUGAGAUGCUUCCAAGGAAGGUGUUGCUGACCAAAUUUGAGUCACUGGUAGUCAGUAACUCUUUCUCCAGAAAUCUAUCCAGUAUAAAUAAUGAUUAUGGUGAACUAAAGAAUUUCAAGAAAUUCAAAAAGGUCGCAUAUCCUGGAGCAGGAAAACUUCCACACAUCAUUGGAGGAUCAGAUCUGAUAGCUUAUCAUGCUCGAAAGAAUACAGAAUUAGAAGACUGGUUGAAGCAGGAAAUGGAGGUUCAAAAUCAACAUGCAAAAGAAGAAUCUCUUGCUGAUGAUCUCUUUAGAUAUAAUCCUAAUGUAAAAAGAAGAAGAUAAAGAAGCCAUGGAAGAACAUUUUCUAUUAAGCAUUUACUUUGGGUUAUCUCUGGGAUAUAUGCGUAUAGUGUAUAGAAGAUUUAAGUAUAUGACCUAAAUUUGUUAAAUAAAAUGCACAAAAUUCCAUUUCUUUCUUUUUUUUCUUUUUUUUUUUUUUUUUGUCUGUUCUAGGGCCCCAUGUGCGGCAUAUGGAGGUUACCUGGCUAGGGGGUCUAAUUGGAGCUAUUGCCGCUGGCCUACGCCAGAGCCACAGCAACGCCAGAUCUGAGCUGGGUCUGCAACAUACACCACAGCUCACAGCAAUGCCAGAUCCUUAACCCUCUGAGCGAGGCCAGGGAUCGAACCCGAAACCUCAUGGUUCAUACUCAGAUUCGUUAACCACUGAGCCACGACAGGAACUCCUUUAUUUCUUUUAUAUGUGACAGUUUUGUUCUGUUUUCAGUCUGUGUUAUCUCAUCUCUUAUGAUAAUUCUUUUCAUUUUUAAAUGAGAUUUUAUUUAUCAGUUAAUAUAGUCAUAAUUAAUAUAGUCAAAAUCUGAAAGUACAAAAGGGCAAAAGAUUAAAAGGUCUCCUUUCUAUCACUGUCCUAGCUGUUUGCUUCCCCUCCUUUGAAAAAAAUUCAUGAUACUCAUUUCAAAUGAGUCUUUACAGAAAUUUUUAGUGCCUAUUCAAAUUUCUAUGCUAUCAUUUUUCAGUAAUUUCCUACAAAAAUAAUAGCAUAAUAUGUAUAAUGUUCUCUAUCAUGCUCUUUUUUACUGACUAAAUUGAAAGGUUAUAGUCAUAAUAACAUAAUUUUUUUUCUUUCAAUUAUUUUUUCUUUUCCAUUAUGCUGUAAUCUUCCCUGAGUAGAAGUAACCCAGGUGGAAUGGAUUCAGUGUUGAAGAUAGCACCAAAACAUUAUUCUAGUAAUGGAAACAAAAGUGGAAGACUUCAUCAGGCUUGUGGAUAAACCUCUCUAGAAUGAGAUAAGACUUGUUUGAUGAUGUUCUGAGCUGCUUAGAAUGCUAUUUUCUUUUGUUUUGUUUUGUUAUCUGUGAAGUAGAAAUGGUAAGAUUGUCUUUUUUCUUAUAGGAAGAUAAGAAAAAAAUCAAUGCCUUUUUUCAAAUUUUGUCACAUGGACAGCUUUAGUUGUACAUUCAAAUUAAAGUUGUACUUCCCAUGUGGCUCGCAGCAGAAUUAGAUUAUUCUUUUAUAUCAACUCUAAAAACUGAUGCAUUUUGUCUUAGGAGGUAGAACAAGCUUUUUGUGCUGACUGAAAACUUCCUAGUCUCACAUAGGUUCUACCUAAUCUAACUUUUUAGGUUGUGAGAGAUAGAAAAGUAUGAAAAGUUAUAUCAUAAAUUAAUAUGUAGUGUUGCUUGAUCCUCAUGGAAGAUUCAGUAUGCCUUCAUAUUCAACAAAGGAAAAUCACCGCAUUUCUGGCUAAGAUACUUUGCACUCUUUUGUUUUGUUUUGUUUUUUGCUUUUUAGGGCCAUACCUGCUGCAUGUGGAAGGAAGUUCCCAGGGUAGGGGUCAAAUUGGAGCUACUGCUGCUGGCCUGUGCCACAGCAGCAGCAAUGCAGGAUCUGAGCUGCAUCUUUGAUCUACACCACCGCUCAAGGCAGUGCCAGAUCCCCCACCCACUGAGCAAGGCCAGGGAUCAAACCCGCCUCCUCAUGGAUACUGGUCAGGUUCCUUAGUGCCUGAACCACAAGGGGAAUUUGAUACUUUGUAGUCUUGGUCAGCCUUUAGAACAUGUUUCUUUCAGGAGAUAGUUUGUAAAUGUCAUAGUUUUUUCUGUUUUGUUUGUUUCAUUACCCCUUCAAAUUAUUUGUUGAGGAAAAUUAUUAAAUAUGUAUUUUAUAUAAAACAUUGCCUCCUACAACACUGAAAGAAUUCAAAGAUUAAUGAAUAAUGGGCUCUCUACUCUCUAGGUAUAAUCUAAAAGCACAAACACUCCAGGACUUAUGAUCUAAGUUUCUAAAAGUCCUUUAAGUUCUGUUUAACGUAGAAAAUGUUGUUAAAUAGAUGGAAGAUGUUUGCUUUGCAUACAUCCUUAAGUGGUGCACAAUUUUAAUAAAGCUGUUAGCUCUGCCC